CUUUCACGAUCUCUGACAGCUGACCAAUCAGAGAUGGGCUUGCGUUCUGCUGCGAGCUUUAUAUUUCCGGGGCUGCUUCAGGAAUGUAAACUAUUCAACAUGGAGACAGUUGAUAAGCUGGAGGCGAUGUUCCAGAAAGCAGAAGCUGAUAUAGAAUAUGUGGAAAAGCGGCUGAAAUUCGACUUCAUGGCCAAUGCGCGAGAAGCGGGCACAGUUGAGGGAAACCCUGUUCAGUUGCUGGAGAACUUGUCGGCGAUCAAAGCGCGGCAUGCGGCCCUGUGCGCACAGGUGGAGGAGAUCGCGGUGGAACAGAAACGAUCCAUGGACUCAAUACGAGCUCACCUGGACACCACAGUGCUGAUGGUUCAACAGCUGCAGAACACAGCAGAUGUGCAGGUUCCACCACUGACAGAAGAAGAACAAGAAGCGAGAGAUGUUCUCUGCUCAUCCGUUGCUGCGUUAAAUGUAGAGGCCGUGCUGACAGAAGAACCUCAAACUCAAGCACAGUCUGAAUCACAGAAUGUGCGUGAAGAGGUGUCUGAGGGGACAUUUGAGACUGUCCCGCGGAGUGUGGGGAAACUACGUGGUAAAAGCUUGAAAAACAACCUGAAUGACCUCAACACACCGUUCUAUAAGCAGUUAUCCGAGUACUUCUCAGAUAAGAACAGGGGGCCAAUAAGCACCCAGAGGAUGAAGAAGCUGAACAUGAAAGUCAGUGAUUCUGCACUGAAGACCUUACAGCACCUUAAACUCAUUGAGCUGGAUAAAAAAGGACUUGUGUCAUUGCUGGCAAAAGACUGAGAAACGGGGACAAAUUAGAUGCACAAACCCCACCAAAACGUGUAAAUCCUCCAGUUCCUUCCACCUGUGUGCUAAAGUAAAACCCUUCUUACACUUUGAUUGGAUCAGAUGUUUAGAACAGGAAUGACAGUGGACUUGAAAACAUUU